CAACAUCAGAGAGUGAAGCAGGACUGGGAGGAUUAAGUGGUAUGCAAGGGCCAGAAGACGGCAAUAAGAGAAGGAUCCUGUUAGUACAUGGAAUAGGAGGCAGCCAAUGAAAAUGGUUAUGAGAAAAAAAGCAACAGCCCAGCAAGAACAGUGGGCAUCAGAAACAGGGGAGGAAGAACCAAGCAAGCAGAACCAUGCUCAGAAGGUGCUGAAUACGGUGACUGGGCUCGUACAGUCUGUACGCAAUAGAAAUGUCACUGAAAAUGACUCAGGAGACCACCAUGAAAUAUUGCUGCAUAAAGAAAUGGCCUUUCAUGACGCUGCUAAAAAGGAUGAUGUGCUAGCCAUGACUCGGCUGCUGGAACAAAAAGCUAACAUUAAUGCCAAGAAUAAUCUCAACAGGACAGCGCUUCACUUUGCUGUAGCUGCAAAUAAAAUGCAGGCCGUGUCCUUCCUCCUGAGCCACAAAGCACGAGUAGAUAUUGCUGAUAAGCAUGGCCUGACUGUUCUUCACCUGGCGGCAUGGUCUGCAGAUCUGACUAUUGUACAAAUGCUGAUCAAAGCAGGGAUCAGCCAAAAGGCUACUAAUCAGGAUGGAAUGAAUGUCUUGCAUUUUGCAGCUCAGAAUGAUAAGAACGACAUUGUGGAAUAUCUUAUUAAAGAUCUGCAGCUGAAAGACUUAAAUAUUCUUGAUAAGAAGAAAAGAAAACCAUUUCAUUUGGCUGCUGAAAAGGGACAUAUCGACAUGGUUACUAAACUCAUUGAGUUUGAACUCUUCACUCUGGAAAAAGACAAGGAGGGUAACACAGCUCUUCACUACGCAGCAAAAAAUGGCCAUAGCAGUGUUGUUGAGACUCUUCUGGAAAUAUGGAAAGAAAAUGAAAUAGAUGAGCCAAAUGAGAGUGGGGCAACGCCGUUCUACCUGGCAGCUGGAGGAGGCCACGUGGCUUGUGCAGAAUUACUAUUGCAUAAAGGAAGCAAUAUCAACACUACAACACAUGAUGGCUAUGGUGCAUUGCACAUUGCAGCACAGAAUGGUUUCACCUCCUUUGUCAGCUUUCUCUUAAACAAUGCAAUUGAGUCCAACCCCGAGCCUAAUGAGAGAAACAACCCCUUCCACCUCGCGCUCUUAAAUAACCACAUGGAAAUCAUUGACAUUCUGCUAGAGAGAAAGUACGACAUUAACGCCACAAACGCAAGGCAACAGAGCCCCCUGCACCUGGCAGCUGAAUAUAAGAACACGGAGCUGGUGGAAAAGCUCCUCAUAGCGGGAUGUGAUCUCACAAUCUCUGAUAAGCAAAAGAAAACCGCCCUGGGUACUGCCGCUCGGAGUAACCACAUCCUUAUCGUGGAUAUGAUUAUCAAAGCAGAGAGAUACUAUGGGCUGAUACAGGGGCCCAAUGAGAACAGCGAGCAGGGGGAUCAGGAGGAGAUUCUAACAUUUAAACAGGACCACUCCUCCAAGACCAGGCUGAUCCGAUCAGCGCUCUGGAACCUGGCGUAUAAACAUCUCAAGCCGGACGAAUGGAAAAAGAUGGCUCAGGGCUGGAAGUUCACAGAGGCUCAGAUUAAAGCUAUAGAGGAACAGUGGACUGGAAAAGAAAGCUACAAAGAGCACUGUCACAGGAUGCUACUCAUCUGGCUCCAUGGGGUUCUGCUGGCCAAGGAAAACCCGAUUAAAGCUCUCUAUGAGGUUCUGGUAGAAAUGGGGCACAAGGAGACAGCAGAAAACUUCCGAGCAGAAUGCACCAAUGGGAGUAACACAGAGGCCAAGAAAUGCUGCAUUUCAUAAGCAGGAAUCCAGCGACAGAAGGCUGCCGUCCCUGCACCCCCCCAACCGUAACGAGCCUCUCAUGGGAUCUACUGCCCGCCAUGAUCCAGUGGCACCAACCCACAGUAAUGAAAGGAACGAGUGCAGCAGCAGCAGCAGCAUCAUUUGCAUUUUGGGAAAAUAUCACCAAAUUUAGAUAUUUUUCAGCAACCAGACACAAUCCGACCAGAACUAAAUCUUGGUUACCCCGUACAGUAUCCUCCCUGGCAACAUGACUGUUAUAUACAGAAGACCCAGUUUAGCUGUGCUUAUACACAGGGUGAGCAGAUACCGCUUGUAUUAUUCCCUGCACAGGGUGCCAUGUUCCCAAUGUUCUUUCCCUUUACAUUGGAAUGAUUGUUAGCUUCUGAGCAUCGGUUUAUUAGCCCUACAGGUCACCUGGUCUUUGUGCCUAUGGGCUGCGCUGUAUGUGCUGAUAUGACUACAAACUCUCGGACUGUGUCUGUGUAUUUUUAUAUAUAAAGUUCUAUAUUUUUAAAAAAAAA